GAGGCAGAGUUUCAAGUAUAACACAAUAAGUUUGUUAUUUGUAAACUUAAACCUCAAACCCACUCCUCUCGCUCUCUCUAUUUAAUUCUGUUUCUGUUUUUGAAGAGAGCAAAAGUCAUGGGAGAAGAAACUGAUGCACCAUUGUUACCAUCUCAACACCUCAAAAGAACUGGGACAAUAUGGACGGCAGUGGCACAUAUAAUUACCGGAGUAAUAGGAUCAGGAGUUUUGUCAUUAGCAUGGAGCAUGGCACAAUUAGGGUGGAUUGCUGGUCCCUUAAUUAUGAUCUUUUUUGCUUUGGUUACUCUUAUUUCUACUUAUUUACUCUCCGAUUCCUAUCGAUUUCCUCAUCCCCAAUUUGGUCCUUCAACUAAUACUUCUUAUCUUCAAGCCGUCAAUACCACUUUAGGAAAGAAGGCUUCAUGGAUAUGUGGUUUGAUGGUAGAACUAAGCUUGUAUGGGACAGGAAUUGCUUAUACCAUUACUUCUGCUAUCAGCAUGAGAGCAAUUCAGAAAUCCAACUGCUACCACAAAGAAGGGCAUGAUGGUAAUUGCCAAUACUCGGACACAUCAAAUAUGAUAUUAUUUGGAGCAUUUCAAGUGAUACUUUCUCAAAUUCCAAAUUUCCAAAACAUGCAAUGGCUAUCAAUUGUUGCUGCUCUCAUGUCCUUCAUCUACGCCUCCAUAGGCUUCGCACUUGGCUUAGCACAAGUAAUAGAAAAUGGAUAUGUUUUGGGUAGCAUUACAGGAGUGGCAGCUUCUAGUGCAGCAGAUAAAGUAUGGAACAUAUCUCAAGCGAUUGGUGACAUCGCAUUUGCAUAUCCAUAUGCCCUAAUUCUUCUUGAAAUUCAGGAUACGUUGAAAUCGCUUCCGCCUGAAAAUGUGACAAUGAAGAAGGCGUCGACAAUAGCCCUCGCCCUGACGACAUUUUUCUAUGUAUGCUGUGGAGCAUUUGGAUACGCAGCUUUCGGAGAAAAUACACCGGGGAAUCUCCUCACAGGUUUCGGAUUUUACGAACCAUACUGGCUGAUUGAUUUUGCUAAUGCUUCUAUUGUGCUUCAUCUACUUGGAGCUUAUCAGGUAUACAGUCAGCCUGUAUUUGCAACAACUGAACAAUGGUUCAAACAGAAAUAUCCUGACAGCUUAUUCAUAGACAAGAAUUACAUCCUGAAACUCCCCGGCUUUCCGGCUUUCCGAUUAAACGGCUUCAGGGUAUGUUUCCGAACAUUAUACGCGGUAUCAAUAACAGCUAUUUCGAUCACAUUUCCUUAUUUCAAUCAGGUUAUUGGAUUGUUGGGAGCAUUAAACUUUUGGCCCUUAUCAAUAUAUUUUCCAGUGAAAAUGUAUUUUAGGCAGAGAAAUAUUGAAGCUUGGACAGUUAAAUGGGUUAUGCUUCAAGUCUUUAGCAUUGUGGUUUUUUGUUUGUCUGCAUUUGCAUUGGUUGGAGCAAUUGAAGGGGUUUUAAGUGCAAGAUUAAGGUAAGAAGACAAAAUUGUAAAGUUGAUGUCAUAUGAAGAAUUAAUUAGCACAAUUUAAAUUGUAAUCGGAAGUAGGUUUAAUUGCUUCAAAAAUCACAAAUUUUAGCGUCUUUUACAAUUUUUACACGAACAUUAACGUAUUUUACAA